GUAAAAAUGCAUUACUUCAUAAAGACACUCAAGGUUCAACCAGAAACACAAAUUUUCAAAUCAAGAUGGUUUUCAAAGUCAAUAGGCUUAGUACACUUAACAGUCUAUUUGUUUUAGAUAAUAUUGUUGUCUACAAUUAGUAUAUUUAAAAGUCCUACAACAUACAGAAAGGCAGAUCUUUACUAUCCAACAUGAGUGAAAAGAAAAUAUGUGGGGGGUGUAAUGCACCGAUUGAAGGAUGUAAGAGUUUUUCAGCUAUGGGCCAGAAUUGGCAUCCUGAACAUUUUAUCUGUCAAAAAUGCAAAAAGAUGAUCACUGAUGAUAGUUUUGCCGUUGAGCAAAAUAGACCUUACUGUAAUCCAUGUUACUUGGUUCUAUUUGGCAAAAAAUGCAAACGCUGCGGUGAACUUAUUGAAAAAUCGAAAACUAUCGCUGCACUCGGAGUUCAUUGGCACCUUGAACAUUUUACUUGUGAGUCUUGCAAGACUGAACUCAACCAGAAACAGUUUUUCGAGAAAGAUGGAAUGCCUUACUGCAAAGAUUGCUACGAGAAGAAGUUCUGUCCGACUUGUAAAGGUUGCAAAAAGCCCAUCAGCGACUUGAUACUCUCUGCGCUGGACUCCAAAUGGCACAAAGCAUGCUUCAAAUGCGCCAAGUGCAAAUCUUUAAUCGGCACUUCAACAUUUGGAGUAAGCCCAGAAGGAAUGCCAUUAUGCGAAGCGUGUUUGAACCAAAAGAAAGAACCAGAACCGUCAAAGCCGAAAAAGAAAGAAUCAGCUAAAUAAGUUGUGAAUUCAUUAAAAAGACCCUUUUAACACUUGA